AUAGAGAGUGAAAAAAGAAGAAAAAAACAGACAAAAAUGGCAAAGGGAAAACUUGUGUCUGAGAAGAUUAAGCUCAUUCUUGCCUUGAUUGCUUUGCAAUUCUGCUAUGCAGGAUUUCACAUUGUGUCAAGAGUUGCUUUGAACAUUGGUGUUAGUAAAGUCGUGUAUCCGGUGUAUCGAAACGCGAUCGCUUUAGCUCUGUUGAGUCCUUUUGCUUAUUUCCUUGAGAAGAAUGAAAGGCCUCCUCUUACUUUUUCUUUGCUGUUUCAGUUCUUUCUUCUAGCUUUAUUUGGAAUCACUGCCAAUCAAGGAUUUUACCUCUUGGGGCUAAACUAUGCAUCUCCAACUUUUGCUUCUGCAAUGCAAAACUCUGUUCCUGCUAUUACGUUUGUGAUGGCUUCUGUUCUGAGGCUUGAGCAAAUCAACUUCAGAAGGAGAGAUGGGUUGGCAAAGCUUUUGGGAACUAUUGGGAGUGUUGGAGGAGCAACUGUGAUCACUCUCUAUAGAGGCCCUCCACUUUUUCACAACUUACUAACUCAAGGAAGUAGCAUCUUGGGGAUGGAUGAACCUACACUUAAAGUGCAGAACUGGAGAUGGGGCUGCAUAUACCUGCUAGGCCACUGCCUAUCUUGGGCUGGUUGGAUGGUUUUUCAGGCUUCUGUGUUGAAAAAAUAUCCAGCAAAGCUAACAAUAACUUCAUACACAUGCUUCUUUGGACUGAUCCAAUUCCUAGUCAUUGCUGGCUUUGUGGAAACAGACUAUCAGUACUGGAAAAUCCAAUCUGCAGAAGAACUCUUCACAAUCUUAUACGCUGGUGUUGUAGCCUCUGGCAUUGUCAUAUCUCUCCAAACAUGGUGCAUCCAAAACAGUGAUCCUGUCUUUGUUGCUGUCUUCCAGCCUCUCCAAACUUUCCUAGUAGCCAUCAUGGCGUUUCUCAUCCUCGGCGAUCGGUUAUUCUCCGGCGGGGUUAUUGGAGCUGUUCUUAUAACAUUUGGUCUCUACUUAGUUUUGUGGGGAAAAAGUAAAGAAAAGGCAUUGGAAGAAGAAGAAGACAAGUGUUUGAAACAGCCACUUUUGGAAGACCAAAAAGGGGACAAAGAAGACAACGUUGUUUCAGACAUACCAUGAAAAUGAAGUGCAAAAAUGUAUACAUAAGUUUUAGCAGAAAGAGUUGUGAAGAAGCAGUGGCUGAUCCUACGAGAUGAAGGAUAUGUGUCUUGUUAGAGAUAAAAGGCCACAAUUUUCAGCUUGUAAUACAAACUGUUCCUCUUUCUGUUUUUCUCUUUCUUUUUGUUCUUAAAUUGUAGUUUGUUUGUUUGUUACUAUUUCUUUGUUAAGCUUUCCCAACCAUUAACGUACCCUGUGAUACUAAAAGACAAAUAGAAGAUAAAAUGUAACGUGUUAAUGUGUUCC